CGGUUGGCAGCGCGUAACAAAAGGAUCUUACCCCUGUGUUCUUCUCCAAUCUGUCUUUUUAUUUAUAGAAUUUUGUGACGGUAGCAAAUACUCGUCAGGGAGUCUUUAUGCUGUUUAGAGACUGGUAGAGCCCUCAGUAUCAAGUCGUAUUUUAGUGUGCGUAGUGGCCACCAAUACUGCGCCUCAGAAAGGAACGAUCCUAAUUAACUAUGGGGGAAAUUGUAUCGCCAAAGGAAGUGGCUGCUCAGGAACAGUUCGCGGAAUUUCAGCAUCUCUGCGAUCAAAUGAUGUUUUGGAUUAAUUACAAGGAAGUCAUCGUCUGGCCAGAAGACUUAAAGACAGAGCAUGAUUCUCAAGUGAUUUUAAAGCAAAAAUACAUGAAAUUCAACGAAGAAGUUGCAGCUCAAGAAGGGCAUUUCAACGAAGUAAUGAAAUUGGCAGAUCUUCUUAUUGAGGGUAAUCACCCUGAAGAUAUUGUUAUUAGACGCCGCAAAGAGGAACUGAAGCAAUCUUGGCAGCGAAUGCGGAAGCUGGCAUUGAAACGUCAAAUGUUCAGCCAGGAGUUGGCUGGUGCCCAACCUACGGAGGUUGUUCAACCUGACGAAGCCAAAAAGUUGCCCAGCAUCCAGUCAGUAGCAGCUGAGGCUAAAUUACUACGCGGUUUGCUUGAGGAUUUCCUCCGUUUAGAACAAUUCGAAAAAGAUUGCCACCCGACGAAAACCUGGAUCAAUGAAACCAUCGUUUUGAUGUCGGACGAUGGUCAUUUAAGUCCAACAAACUUGAAUGAAAAAAUGGAAAACCACAAAAAGUUAGAGGAAGAUGUGAUGUCCCGUAAGAACCGCAUUGAAGUACUCACCAAAAUUCAAGCUCACCUAACUGACGUACUCAAAAUGUGGGAAGUCCUUUUGGCUGCCACUGAACUCAAAAGCAUCCACAUGUCUCAAGCCUGGCAACUGGAGAAGUUCAACCAUGGCGUAGACAACAUGAAUGCUUGGCUUGCCGAAGUUGAAGCUACGCUAUCAAGCCCGGACUUUGGCAGCGAUUUGCCCAGUGCGGAACUUUUAACUAAAGAGCACAAUCUUCUUGAGCGAGAUAUCAAAACUCACAAAGACAUCAUUGACAUCAUUGUCACAGCCGCUCAGCAGUUCUCCGAAUGUGGACAUUUCGACCUGAAAACCAUAUUGAGUAAAAAGGAAACUGUGGUCAAGCGAUUCGACGGGCUUACGCCUCUUUUGGCUGAGCGCCAACGAAAGUUGGGAGAUUCUCUUAAGGCAUAUCAGCUCUUCCACGAAAUAGAAAUGGAAGAAGAUUGGAUAGCUAAGAAACACGAAGUCAUUGCCGGUCGUGGAAAGGAUAUUGACACAGUUCGAGCUCUCAUCAAAGAAACCCAAGCUAUUCUCCAAGCGAUGCAAAUCCACGAUCCUGAUGUACAACGUGUUAUUCAAGCAGGUCAAAAACUGGCCAAAGGGCAUCAUCUUGCAGAGGAAAUUAACGGGCGCAUACAAAAGCUGUCCGAACAUUGGGCUAAUUUGAAAGAAAGGGCAUUUGAACGGAAGCAAUCCAACCAACUCGUUUUGCUCUUUCUGUUUCAAAUUAAAGACUAACUUGCGUGUUCUUUAACUGGAUGCCAAACUGGCGUUGGCUAUAUCCUUUUUUAUGUGUGUACACAAAGGGCGCAAUGA